AUGGCAGCCUCCUCGAGAGGCAUGAGCCUCUGCCUCCUCCUCGCCUCCCGACCCGGGCCCCUCUGCGCGACGACAACGGCAACGACACAACCCCUUCUCCCCCGCCGGCUCUUCAGCUCCCUUCUCCCCCUCCGAUACGCCGCAAAACCCUCGCGCACGACAACGAUCCCAAACAACCUCACCCGCAGCGCAGUCUCCAAACCUCAUCCUCCUUCGAAAUCCCCCCUCCCAUCAACAUCACCAAAGACGACAACGAACCCCGCGGCAGCAUCCCCAGGCGCCGGCGCCGGCGCCACCGCAGGCUCAGCCUACGCCCUCGCGACAACCCUCGCCCAGCGCCCCCAACCAACAGUCCUCUACGAAGCCGCCUCCCACCUCUGGAUGAAAGUCUCGGCCUGGUCCGCCGCCACAAUGUUCUACAGCUACGCCGGCGUAAACUACUACUUCACCCUCCUCGACCCCCCUCCCGACCUCGCCGCCUGGGUCCCGCACGCCUUCGCCCUCAUCUGCGUCGCCACCGCUGGCUUCGGCUCCUACUUCCUCUUCAACGCCCGCAACAUCGUCAAGGUCAUCCGCGCCGUGCCGACGGCUUCCCUCUUGAAGUCUGCGGGCGAAAAGUCCGCCGCCGGUGUGCUGCCCCUAGGCGUGAGCAGCGCAAAAGCAACACCCGUCGUGCUCGAAAUCACAUGCGAGCGCAUCCUGCCCGGAACCCCCAAAAAGUUCCUCCUCGCGCCGGACCAGGUCACCAUCCCGACCCGGAUCUACUCGCCUUUCGUAACGCCCACGCCCGCCAUGGAGAGGUCCGCCGCGCGGCAAAGGCAGGUGCAGGCGAGAGCCGACUGGGAGUACGACAAGGGACAUCUCAUGACGACGCCGUUCCGGCAUGCGAGUAAAGGAUUCAAGGCGGCGUGGUACGGCGUCCGGAGGGCCAUCACCAAGGAAGGGUUCCUGAGGAUGGAGGCGGGCGGGGAGAAGCUCAAGCUGGACGUCUCUACAGGCUGGGCGCUAGAUGAUGGACGGGCUAUUGAUCGUCUUGUCAAGAUUGGGGCGUGA